CGAGCGCGGGAGAACCAUGACCCCCCAAGGCCUGACUUCCGUUUCCGGGGCGGCAACUCGGCUUCCGGCGGCGUGCCCCGAGCGCGCCUUCUCCGCAGGUGUGGCGGCCGGAAGGGUCUGCUUGCAGCCGAGACUGUUAGGCCUUCCAGAAACAUUUCUAUCAUGUCUGACACUCAAGAAGUUACCAGCCAACUCCUAGAUCUGAACCUUCAAGAGAACAAGAAGUCUGUGCCAGUGAUGGAAAGUGGCAUCCGAAGUGAGUCUGAGCAUCUCCAAGUCACUAUUGGAGCCACUGUACCUACUGGCUUUGAGCAAACAGCUGCAGAUGAAGUCAGAGAGAAACUGAAGUCAUCAUGCAGAAUCAGCAAAGACCGGGGCAAGAUAUAUUUUGACAUUCCAGUGGAAAGUCUGGCUCAGGUUCAUUGUCUGAGAUCAGUUGAUAACUUGUUUGUGGUUGUUCAGGAGUUUAAAGAUUAUCAAUUCAAAAAUACAAAGGAAGAAGUUCUAAAGGACUUUGAAGAAUUGGCUGAAAAGCUCCCAUGGUCUAACCCUUUAAAAGUCUGGCAAAUUAACACCAGUUUCAAGAAGAGGAAAGCAAAGCACAGAAAGGCAAACCAGAGUGCAGGUAAAGAGAAGGCCAACUGUGGACAGGGAGACAAAGCAGAAGAGAAAGGUGCUAAGAAGCUUACCAGCAGCACUUCAGAACCCCAGAUCUUGGACUAUUAUGAAAAUCCAGCCAUCAAAGAAGAAAUAUCAACCUUAGUGGGCGAUGUCUUGGCGUCUUGCAAAGAUGAGACUGGCGAAAGAGAAGAAACUGAACCACAAGUACAGAAGUUUAGAGUCACCUGCAACAGAGCAGGAGAGAAACACUGCUUUACCUCCAAUGAGGCUGCGAGGGAUUUUGGGGGUUCUGUUCAAGAGUAUUUUAAGUGGAAGGCUGAUAUGACCAACUUUGAUGUAGAGGUUCUCCUGAACAUCCAUGAUAAUGAAGUCAUUGUCGGCAUUGCAUUGACAGAGGAGAGUCUCCAUCGAAGAAAUAUUACACAUUUUGGACCUACAACUCUUAGGUCAACACUUGCCUAUGGGAUGCUGAGGCUCUGUGAACCUAAACCUACUGAUGUAAUAGUGGAUCCAAUGUGUGGAACAGGGGCAAUACCAAUAGAGGGGGCUACUGAGUGGUCUCACUGUUACCAUAUUGCUGGGGACAACAACCCACUGGCAGUGAACAGAGCAGCAAAUAACAUCUCAUCUCUGUUGACUAAGAGCCAGAUUAAAGAUGGAAAAACAUCCUGGGGUUUGCCCAUUGAUGCUAUUCAGUGGGAUAUCUGCAACCUCCCACUAAGAACUGCUUCUGUGGAUAUUAUUGUAACAGAUAUGCCAUUUGGAAAAAGGAUGGGCUCCAAGAAGAGAAACUGGAAUCUAUAUCCAGCUUGCCUUCGGGAAAUGAGCCGUGUCUGUAGACCAGGGACAGGCAGAGCUGUACUGCUUACUCAGGACAAGAAAUGUUUUACCAAGGCAUUAUCUGGAAUGGGACAUGUGUGGCGAAAGGUCCAUACAGUCUGGGUGAACAUCGGGGGCCUUCAUGCUGCAGUUUAUCUUCUAAAACGCACACCUCAAGCCUUUGUUCAUCCUUCAGAACAUGAUGGAGGAAGACAUGCUCCUUGGUAAUGCAAAGAAUGAAGACGACUGUAUAUUUAUAGUUCCUAAUGCUGGACGUGUCAGCUUUGGGAGAAAAAUGGCAAAAAAGUAACUUAGCAUUGCAGUCUUUACUGCUUAACUACUCCAGAACGCUUUGUUAGCAAGGUGACCGUAAUGGUAUUUCCUGAGAAGCCUUGGCUUCUAAGUUUGAGAACACUUUAGGUCACGUUCUAUCACCUGUGAAGCCUAAUGUUCUAUAGCCUAAGUUCUUUAUAUCACCCUCAGAAAGUAAAGCAUCCCUCAAGACCUAGUUUACCAUCUGCCUUAAAAUACACACAACCAAAACAGGGCAAAGGUGCUUUGUGUGGCUAUUAGUAAUAAGACAUUACUAAGUAGUCCAAGUGUCGGUAGAUGACGUAUGGGACCAACAAGCCAAAUUAAAGCAACUUUUCCUUUAGUAUACAUGUCUUACUUUUCAAAACCCAAUAAACAAAUAAAUAAAUCCUGUCAA